GGGAGGGGGGAGGAGGCCGUUGAAAGGGAAGCAAAUGAAAACUCACCGAGUAGCCGGGUCGAUGUCCGGCGACAAGAUCGAUCUUGAUGUCUAUCACGUCACCAGCCGACAGGACAUGGACAUGGACAUUGUCCGAGUUAUCCUCGAAUUGGUACCCCCGGCAGAGAUAUGCGUUGCAGUUAUAAUCGUCAUCGGCCCAUUGCAUUGCAUUCUCGACAGGCCCCGUGAUGUCUAGAAGAAACGAGAAGGGGGGAAAAGAAAAUCAAAAAAAUGAGCCAUCUUGCCCCAGCCACACGGUCGACGGUUGAGGGUCUUGCCAUAUGUACUCACCGCGCUCUAGUCGUUCGGUGACGGUAUAAGCUGUCUUGUACACACCCUGCGAGCCCUUGGGUUCGUCAUAACUGCAUGACCCCAGGCUCCACUGACUACCGCCCCGAGCAAAACGAGCUUCUGGAACAUCUUGAUGGAAAAACGAAGAUGGGUUGAUUUGAUUUGUCGAAAAGGAAUCUAAUACAAGAAUGUGCCGAAGUCUCCUUAGUUGCGACUCGGUGGGGGGACGAGCCCCUGCGAGACUUCGGCUUCCUAUGACAAAGCUUCUCGACUGAUGGUCUUGGGCAAGGUGCCGAUGGAAUAGUCUUCAGAACAGAUUAACGCGCCGG